AUGUAUGACCUCGAGAAGGUAAUCAUCAUUGGAGGAGGCCCCACCGGCCUCGCUGCUGCCAUUCGCUUGGCUCAGAGCAACAAGCUGAGUCCGGUCAUCUAUGAGCUCCGCAAUCCAAAGACUGCAGGACUCGGGGGCUCUAUAGGCAUCCCUGCAAAUGGUGUACGCGUCCUUCACCGUCUUGGUCUCUGGGACACCAUCCGUCCACGCAGCGUCGAUAUCAUCAAUACCGUCCUACAUUCCACUUCGGGCAGUGUUUUGAGCGAAGUCGAUAUUGCCACGGAGGCCAAGCAAAAGACAGGAUUCGGGUAUCUCCGCAUAAACCGAGUGGAUCUGGUUGAGUGUUUACGGGACGGUACGGAAAAAUACCAGAUCCCGAUCCACUACGAUAAACAGAUCACAUCGAUCGACGAUAAGGGAGACUCUGUCACUGUAACCUUCUCCGAUGGCACUAGUGACACGGGGUCUCUUCUGCUGGGUUGUGAUGGGAUCCACUCUGCAGUACGCAAGUUGCAUAUUGAUGCGGAGAUCGCACCCGUGUAUUCGGGAAUUUCCGCGAUCUCAUCCAUAGUGGACGAUUUGAAGGAUCGAGAUCCCAAAGACGCGGUCUGCUUGCAUUCAACACUCACCCCACAUGGAAUGUUGGCGACUGCACCCUGUGCUGCAAACCAGAUUUUCUGGUUUUUCAGCAAGGAGGUGCCGCUGCCAGCGGGGUCGACGUCGGCCGAUGUCCGUGAUGGCUGGCUACUUCACCGCCAAAAGGAACUGGCGGAAUGCCGAACUUCACUAGCCACCGUGCUGGACUGCGUGCAGGGCCAAUGGGGCCAGUACCUGAAGCAGCUUGUGGACAAUAGUCAAGAUAUCCAUUUCUACCCGCAUUAUCGCCUGCCCCUUGGUGGUCGUUGGUUUGUUCCCGCAGAUACCCCGCAGGGAUCGCCCCGUGUCUUAUUAAUGGGUGACGCCGCACAUGCAGUACAACCUCAUGCCGGACAAGGUGUCGCCCUCGCUUUCGAAGAUGUGCUCCUAUUGUCUGGAUUGUUAGCCCAAUAUCAGGCUGGAGAUCAUAAUAACCUGCAGGAAGUGUUUGACCUGUACGAUCAGCUUCGUCGGCCGCGCAUACAGCGCAUCAAUGAGGUUGCAUUGCGCAAUGGUAAGAUGCGCCGAAAUCAGUCACCGUGGACAGUCUGGUGCAAGGAAUGGUACAUGUGGACUAUGUUACGUGUCAAUCGGUUCUGGGGCAUGUCUAUGUCCGGUGUAUUGAAUGGAGAUGUCCUGUACGAUGUGGAGACAGAACUAAAGCAGGCAGACCAGGAGGGUUGA